UAGGAACUGCGACAUCUGCCGUCCAAGUUCAGGUCAGUGAGGGAAAAUCGUCCAAUCCGGGUUGAACAGACAGUCACAGUCGACGAAUAGUAAUCCUCGGCUGUGUGGUGGACUGUGGAUACAUCCAAUGGACAGGGUGGUGAUAGUAGUAGUGUGUCCGUGGUGCGGUGGUGGUGAACACACUGGAUGGGACAGGACAGCGCUACAUGGGGGACGCAGGCAAACAGCAGCGGGUACCAGCGAUCGCACAAACCCGGAGGGACAAAUCCUCUCUCUGGACAAAUCUCUACUGCCUACUGGGAAUUUGAAUAAAUGAAAUCAAUGAACCGGGCAUGAACAAAUCGUAUAUGAGGUAACCUAAAGGAUCUGAACACUGGGAGAUAUCCACUCACACACGGAGGGGAGAGAGAGAGAUAGAGAGAGAGGGCCAUGCACAGACACUCUGCAGCUUUGCAAUCACCGUCGUCGCUCUCUGUGUAUGUGUGUGUUUUCAGUGUCUUCUCCUCUGAGCAUGGACUGACCAAAAUCCCUCUCUGGAUGAUUUGAUGGGGCUGCUCAGAGUCAUGAUGCCGCCCAAGUUGCAGCUUCUGGCGCUGCUGGCGUUCGCAGUAGCCAUGUUCUUCCUGGAGAACCAGAUCCAGAAGCUGGAGGAGUCCAAGGGAAAGCUCGAACGAGCCAUCGCCAGACAUGAGGUGCGAGAGAUUGAGCAGCGGCACACGCAAGAUGGCCUGCGGGAGCGGGAUCCGUCGGCGUGGCUGCAGUCCGACAGCGAAGAAGACAUCGUGAUCAUCUACAACCGAGUGCCCAAGACGGCCAGCACCUCCUUCACCAACAUCGCCUAUGACUUGUGUGGGAAGAACCACUACCAUGUCCUGCACAUCAACACCACCAAGAACAACCCGGUCAUGUCCAUACAAGACCAGGUGCGGUUCAUAAAGAAUGUAACCGAGUGGAGGGAAAUGAAGCCGGCUUUCUAUCAUGGACACGUCUCCUUCCUCGACUUCACCAAGUUUGGAGUCAAGAGAAAGCCCAUCUACAUAAACGUGAUCCGGGACCCCAUUGAGAGGCUGGUGUCCUAUUAUUACUUUCUGCGCUUUGGAGAUGACUACCGGCCCGGGUUGAGGCGCAGGAAACAAGGAGACAAGAAGACAUUCGAUGAAUGUGUAUCAGCCGGCGGCUCAGACUGUGCCCCUGAGAAGCUCUGGCUCCAGAUUCCCUUUUUCUGUGGUCACUACUCUGAAUGCUGGAACGUGGGCAGCCAGUGGGCUCUGGAGCAGGCCAAAUACAACCUGGUGAACGAGUACAUGCUGGUUGGAGUAACAGAGGAGCUGGAGGACUUUGUCAUGAUGCUGGAAGCUGCACUGCCACGAUUUUUCAAAGGAGCCACUGAUCUCUACAAAACAGGAAAGAAAUCCCACCUGAGGAAGACCAGCGAGAAGAAGCCGCCCACUAAGGAGUCGAUUGCCAAGCUGCAGCAGUCAGCCAUCUGGAAGAUGGAGAACGAGUUCUAUGAGUUUGCACUGGAGCAGUUCCAGUUUGUCAGGGCACACGCUGUCAGAGAAAAGGACGGGGAGCUGUAUCUGCUGGCACAAAACUUCUUCUAUGAGAAAAUCUACCCAAAAAACUGAAGAGAUUGAACAGAAGAGUUUGGAGAAGACACUUGAAAAAAAGACAGAGAGUGAUAGACUCCUGGUGACUAUGUGGCUGGUUUAUAAGUAUGAGUGAGAACAUGAUGUGGAGCUGCAGAACAAUCUGGCCAGUUCACACAGCAAUCACGCCGUUAUUUUGGUGCAACCAGAACUGGAUGAGAAGAUCAAGUUUCAUCGGCUUGAGUUCCCAGCAGCACCCCGGGGCCUCCGCUCCCUUUCACUUUCAUUGAAAAGGUCGUCCAUGCAGAGGGCCUCUGCCGGUACAUGUUGGUUGACAGAUUUUCUAACAGCUGGUUAGACCUGGACUCCUGAUUGACUCUGAUCCUGCCAAAAGAUAUUGUCAUCAGCUCUGUACCAUUUGGUUGUGUUUGGUUGUGUUUUAACUCUUUACUAUGGUUGUUUUUUGUAUGUAAAGAUGGUGACAUUUUCCAUGGUGAAACAACAUCCCCAUGCUCACCACUACUACUAACUUAAAGAGAUUUUAAGUGUAAAAACUGACUACUGUGCUGUGUCAUUGGACUUGAAUGAGAACUUUUGAGGUUUUUAUGAAAUAAAAUCCAUUGUGACCAUAUUUUCCAUCA